AUCCUCUUCAUCCACAUGGUGAUCAAUGACGGCAUCCAGCUGACCGUCACCAUCACGCUGUUCGUCCUCAGCUACAUCUUCUACAAGAUUAACGUCUCUUUCUGCUGCUUCUUCAUCCUGGUGGCGGUCUUCACCACCAGAAACACACCGGUCAACCUAGCCAGCAUGGCCAUAGAGCGCUACAUUGCUAUUUGCGAGCCUCUGCGCCACUCCCAGAUCUGCACGGUGAGGAGGACUUACAUCGUCAUCGGGUUGAUUUGGUUUAUAAGUGUGGCUCCGGAUAUCACAGAUUUGUUUGUGACGCUAGCAACGGAGUCCCUGAGCUUCUUUCACGAGUCGGUGUUCUGCUUGAGGCAGAAUGUGUUCAAAGACCCGAUCCUGGCCUACAAAAGACAAGUCUUUGACAUCAUCUACUUCUCCUGUGUGUUCCUGACUCUGGUCUUCACCUACUUGAGGAUCCUGUUUGCAGCCCGGGCCCUCUCCACGGAGAAGAUGUCGGCCCAGAGAGCCAGGAACACCAUCCUGAUCCACGGGGCCCAGCUGGCCAUGUGCAUGCUCUCCUACAUAUCCCCCAGCGUGGAGAUCAUUCUGCGGCUCAUCUUCCCCGGCCGGAUCCUAGAAAUCAGAUUCGCAAACUACCUGAUCGUCUACAUCCUGCCCCGCUUCCUGAGCCAAAUAAUCUACGGCGUCAGAGACAAAAAGUUCAGGAAGUACCUCAAGUUGUACCUUCUGGGCUGCAGGUGCAGGGUCAAACUGCAGAGAGUGGCCCCCCCGGCCAAAGAGGACAUGUAA